GUUUACAAGUCAUGAUGGCGGAACUGUAAACUUCGGGACGAGAGUCCACCGCCCCGUCCUCGCUCAGAAAUUGUACAUAGUUAUUAUUUAUUUAUUCAGCCGACUUUAUACACUCUCUCCCCCCCCCCUCCCUCCCCCAGCUAUGACCCGUUGGAUUCCCACUAAGAAGGAGAAGUACGGAGUGGCAAUCUACAAUUAUGAUCCCAGUGGUGAGCAGGAGCUGUGUCUGCAGGUGGGGGACACGGUGCACAUACUUGAGAAAUUGGAAGGCUGGUACAGGGGCUACACGCUACACAAUAAAUCACAGAAGGGCAUUUUCCCAGCUUCCUACAUCCACUUAAAGGAGGCUACAGUCGAGGGAAUAGGCCAGCAGGAAAUAAUUAUUCCAGCAGAUUUACCCCUGGUGCUGGAGCUCGGGGCUACUCUGAGGGAAUGGGCACAGAUAUGGCACAAGCUGUUCGUGGCGAACAAAACGACCCUGUUCAGGAGCGUUCAGCAAAUGGCCUACAGCCUCAUCGAAUAUCGAUCUCAGAUAGUGUCGGGAACGCUGCCUAAGGAUGACCUUGUGGAGCUCAAAAAGAAAGUCACAGCAAAGAUUGAUUAUGGAAACCGGAUUCUGGGGUUGGACCUGGUGGUGCGAGAUGAAGCAGGAAACACGCUGGAUCCUGACCGGACCAGUACGGUCAGCCUGUUCCGGGCGCACGAGACUGCUUCCCGCAGUGUGGAUGACAGGAUACAAGAAGAGAAGACGCGGCUACAAAACCUGGAAAUGAGGCGUCAGACCCUGUUCAGUACAGUGCACACCUACAGCCUGCUCAUGAACCUCAAGAACUUUGUGUGCAACAUCGGAGAAGAUGCUGAACUGCUCAUGUCUCUGUAUGACCCCGACCAGUCUGAAUUCAUCAGCGAGAACUUCCUGGUGCGUUGGGACAGUAUGGGGAUGCCUAAAGAAAUUGAAAAACUCAACAACCUGCCAGCGCUAUUCACGGACCUGAGCAGCAGCGACCUGAUGAGGCAGCGGCUCUUCCUGGUGUGUCAGAUCAUCAGAGUGGGCAGCAUGGAGCUCAAAGAGGGCAAGAAACACACCGGAGGACUGAGGAGGCCGUUUGGCGUGGCCGUGAUGGACAUUACAGACGUCGCCCAUGGCAAGACAGACGAUGAGGACAAACAACACUUCAUCCCUUUUCAGCAGAUAGCUAUGGAGACCUACAUCCGUCAGAGGCAGCUCAUCAUGUCUCCGCUCAUCCCGUCUCGAGUCAUAGGAGAGAACGAGCCGCUCACUGCUGUCUUCAACAAAGUCAUUGCCACGCGGGAGGUCAAUCACAAAGGCCAGGGGCUGUUUGUGACCCUGAAGCUCCUCCCGGGGGAUGUCGCCCAAGUCAGGAAGGACUACCCCCACUUUGUGGACCGCAGCACUGCUAUCGUCAGGAAAAUGGGCUUUCCAGAAAUCAUCCUCCCAGGAAACGUGAGGAAUGAUAUUUACGUGACCUUGCUGCAGGGGGAGUUCGACCGCGGUAAAAAGAAGACCCCGAAAAACGUAGAGGUCAUACUGAGUGUGCAUGAUGACGAAGGCAAUCCCGUGGAGAAAGCGAUAUUUCCUGGAGCGGGUUAUGAUGGUAUCACAGAGUACAAGUCUGUCAUUUACUACCAGGUGAAGCAGCCUUGUUGGAAUGAAACAGUCAAGGUGACAAUCCCCAUUGAAGAUGUGUGCCGCUGUCACCUGAGGGUGAUGUUUCGGCACCGAUCCUCCCAGGACUCUAGGGACAAAUCGGAGAAGCCCUUCGGUAUGGCCUUCGUCCGACUCAUGAGAGGAGACGGGACCACGCUGGCUGACGGCAGGCACGAACUUAUCGUCUAUAAGGUUGAUGUGAAAAAGGCAGAAGAUGCAAAGGUUUAUCUCACCUUGCCAGCGACUUGGACUGAAGUGGAGGAGAAGGAGAAGCAAAUGGGGAAGCAGUUCCACCAUUCGGGAGUGAUUCCUGUGACCAAAGACAGCUUCCAGAUCGCCACGCUCACCUGCUCCACGAAACUCACUCAGAAGGUGGAUUUACUCGGGCUGUUGAACUGGAGGUCCAACCCUGAAGACCUGGACCAGAUUCUGAAGAGGCUGAUGGAGGUCGAGGGAAGCGAGAUUGUCAAAUUUCUCCAGGAUACUCUUGAUGCCCUGUUCAACAUCAUGAUGGAGACCUCAGAAAAGGACACCUAUGAUACCCUGGUGUUCGAUGCCUUGGUGUUCAUAAUCACACUUAUUGGCGACAUCAAAUUCCAGCACUUCAACCCAGUCCUGGAAACCUACAUCAACAAGCACUUCAGUGCCACUUUGGCUUACAUGAAGCUAACCAGGGUCCUCAACUACUACGUGGGCCACGUGGAGGAGCCCGUCCUGACCGAGAGGCUCUAUGCGGCACUCAAAGCCCUCAAGUACCUGUUCAGGUUUAUUGUACAGUCCCGGGUCCUCUAUCUCAGAUUCUACGGGAACAGCGAGGAUGGGGACGCUUUCUUCAACUCCAUUCGCACCCUUUUCCUGUCUUUCAACACUCUCAUGGACAGACCGCUGGACGAGGGAGUGAAGAUAAAGGGAGCAAUAUUGAAAUACCUCCCGAGCAUCAUUAAUGACAUCCAGACUGUGUUUGAUCCCGUGGAACUCAGCGUCCUUCUAGCGAAGUUCAUUGAGAGCAUUCCUGACUCUCAGCUCGUGCGUCAGAAGCUGGGCUGCAUGUGUAAAAUGGUGGAGAGUGACCUUUUCAGGCAGCCAGAUUGUCGGGACGUGCUUCUGCCGCUUGUUACUGACCAGCUGAGCGGGCAGCUUGACGACCACUCGAGUAAACCCGACCACGAGGGCUGUGCCCAGCUGCUCAGCACGGUGUUGGACAACCUGGACCGCAAGGACGUGGGUCCAACCAGAGGCCACGUUCAGCUGAUAAUGGAGCGGCUUCUUCGCAGGGUUAAUCGGACGGUCAUCAGCAUGGACAGAUCUUCUCCUCUCAUCGGCCACUAUCUCGCCUGCAUGACGGCCAUCCUGAAGCAAAUGGAUGACAUGCAUUACGCCCACUACAUCAGCACCUUCAAGACCAGACAGGAUAUCAUUGACUUCCUCAUGGAGACAUUCAUCAUGUUCAAGGACCUCAUGGGAAACGUCUUCCCUGUCGACUGGAUGAUCAUGAACCUGGUGCAGAUGCAGGUCUUCCUGAGGGCCAUAAACCAGUACUCGGACGUCCUCAACAUGUACUUUCUGGACCAGGCGCAUUUUGAACUGCAGCUGUGGAAUAACUACUUUCAUUUGACUGUGGCGUUCCUCACCCACACGACACUGCAGCUGGAGUCCUUCUCUCAAGAGAAACGAAACAAGAUACUGAACAAAUACGGGGACAUGAGGAAGAAUAUUGGAUUUAAGAUCAGAGAUAUGUGGUACAAUCUCGGCCCCCACAAAAUGAAGUUCAUCCCAGCCAUGGUCGGGCCCAUUCUGGAGGUCACUCUGGUGCCCGAGCCCGAACUCAGGAAAGCCACCAUCCCCAUCUUCUUUGAUAUGAUGCAGUGUGAGCACAACUUCAACCCUGGACGCACGUUUGAAACGUUUGAGAAUGAACUGAUAACAAAGUUGGAUCAAGAGGUAGAAGGAGGCCGAGGAGAUCAGCAGUACAAAGUCCUGCUGGAGAAAACGUUACUGGAGCACUGCAGACGCCACAGAUACCUGUCACAGUCAGGAGAGGAGCUGGCUCUGCUGCUGAGCAGCCUGCUGGAGAAUCUCCUGGCGUACCGCACCAUCACACACGAUGAGAGCCCCGAGCACCGCAUGAGCUGCACCGUCAACGUGCUGAAUUUCUACAAAGAAAAGAAGAGGGAGGAUAUUUACAUCCGGUACUUGUACAAGCUGCGAGAUUUGCACCUGGAUUGUGAGAACUACACAGAGGCGGCCUACACUCUGCUGCUACAUGCUGAAUUACUUGAGUGGUCUGACAAAACCUGCGCACCUCAUCUGAUACCGAGGGAUGGGGAGCACGUCUGGACCCAGCAGGAGCUUAAAGAGAGGCUCUUCCAGGAGAUCAUAUGCUAUUUGGACAAGGGCAAGAUGUGGGAGAAGGCUAUCGAGCUGGGCAAGCAGCUGGCCAAGAUGCACGAGAGCCACAUGUUUGACUUCAUGGAGCUGAGCGAGCUGCUGAAAAAACAAGCCAACUUCUAUGAAAAUAUCAUGCAUGCGAUGCGGCCACAGCCAGAGUACUUCGCUGUAGGAUAUUAUGGCCUUGGAUUCCCUUCUUUCCUCCGGAACAAGAUGUUCAUCUACAGAGGGAAGGAGUACGAGUGGCUGGAAGACUUCAGCUUAAAGCUGCUCUCUCAGUUCCCCAACGCAACGCGUAUGACCAGCACAGCGCCCCCUGGAGACAACAUCAGCAACUCAUCUGGACAGUACAUCCAGUGCUUUACUGUCAAGCCUGUUCUCACCGUGCCGCCCCAGUUUAAAGACAAGGGGGUUCCAGAGCAGAUAUUAAACUAUUACAGAACCAAUGAAGUGGACCAGUUCCAGUAUUCCAGGCCCUUCAGGAAAGGUGAAAAGGACCCAGACAAUGAAUUUGCAACCAUGUGGAUCGAGAGAACAACUUACAUUACCGCCUAUCGCUUCCCAGGGAUUCUGAAAUGGUUUGAAGUAAAAUCGGUCUCUGUGGAGGAGAUCAGUCCUUUGGCGAACGCUGUGGAGACCAUGGAGAUGGCCAAUGAAAAGCUGAGUAACCUCGUGCAGCAGCAGGCCUGUGAUCGCUCGCUGUCCAUCAACCCACUGUCCAUGAUGCUCAGCGGCAUUGUUGACCCUGCUGUCAUGGGCGGCUUCUCCAACUAUGAGAAGGCUUUCUUUACCGACACCUACAUCCAAGAGCACCCAGAGGACCACGAGCGCAUUGAGGUCCUCAAACACCUCAUCGCCCUGCAGAUCCCUCUCCUGGCAGAUGGGAUCCGCCUCCACGGGGAGAAGACGACAGAGCAGCUGAAGCCCUUGCACAACCGUCUGGUUACUUGCUUCCAGGACCUUCGGGAGAAAGUGGAGAAGCAUUAUGGCGUCAUAACCUUGCCCUGCUCUCUCACCGAGAGGAAGAAGAGUCGCGUGGGCUCGAUGGUGAUGCCCUACAUCCUGUCCUCCACCCUGCGUCGCAUGUCCACUGUCUCCACCCUCUCCAACGCCUCCUCCGGCCUCUCCAGCGGCUCCGCAUCCUCAGAUGGACCCUCCUGCAUUUCCUCCCAAGAUUCCUUGUUGUCCCGCCCCAGCGAUCGCAGGACCUCGGUUUUAUCCCGCUCGGAGGAGGACAACAGGAUUGCUAGAAAGAACAGGAAGGAGUGGAGUGUGAGCAAAUCCCAGGUGCUGCUGGAGAGGCAGUCGGACGCAGACGAGACUCCUCCAGAGAAGCAGCAGAGGCCCAAGAGUUUACAAUUCGGGGACCGACGGCUCACCCUCUCGCUGUUCCAGGGUGUUUCAUCCCAGCUGAGCCUGUCUAACCCUCUCAGCCCGCUACCUGCCUCUCCACACACACCGCGCACACCACGCAGCUCCAGUUAUUCAUCGCUUCUCAGUGACAAUGAUGUCAAUGCCUUUGACACCCCAGGGACCCCCCCACCCAUGCCUCCGAAGAAACACCCGCACGAGAUUGACAACCCCGGCUUCCCUUCAGAGUUCACUCCGCCGCUGCCAAUGAAAAUUGAGAGCAAGCCUCCGCCCCCGCCUCCCAAAACGCGGAAGUCAAUGUUCCCGUCUUACGAGCACACACCUCAAUAAGGCCCUUAAGUUUCCCCCACUUCUUCUGCACAGUUUCAUUUGUGGCGCCGUGGAUGCGGAUCUACGUGGGACAUGUCCCAAAUGUUCAAAUAUCUUUCUGAUGCCAGUCACUAAUAAUUCCGAGCAGUCCUUUGUUCUCAAGCUUUAGCUGUUGCUUUGUAUUUAAGCUGCGAGGAAGAAUAUGUUAGGGGGUUAUUGUCGGAAGAGGGUACUACUGUGCAGAAAUCAAUAUAUGAUUUUUGGGUACAUGAGGUCACUACAGCCCUGGAUUCAGUGUGCUUUUUAAGAGGUAAUGAAACAGUGAUUAGAUGCUUCUUUUUUUUCGGGAUGUUGUACAGACUUUAUCACUCGCAGGGAAAAGGAAUGACCAAUGCUGCAAUGUAAUAUUUCACUUUUUAUGUGUUGGAGUGACACUGGAUGAUUUUCCCCCUUUAGCUGCAUUCCAGACGGGAAAAAGCUGCAUUAGAACUUGAUCAAGAGCAGGGAAUACAAUGUACAGAAUGUAACUGAAUAUUUUGUGUUCGAUGGUGGUGUUCAGUAAUGUUAUGAUCAAACCCGUUUUCGUAAACCACACUGGAUGGCAUUAAUGAAUGUGCAGCAGAUUACGUGUUUGUUGUGAUGUUUUGAUGUAUGAACUGAAUACUGUAACUGGUUCUUCCAGACUGCAUCACGUUGAUGUUCAGUGGAAGUAAGUUUGACAUUUUGGGGAAAAUACACUGUCUUGCAGAGAUCAGAUGUGAAGAUUUAUACCACUCUCAUGUCUGUAACGGAAAAUAUGUAGCUGGAGUCAGAGGUCGGUAAGCUUAGCCCAUGAAUGACAGUUUUCCUUAAACUAAAACACAUCGCUUUGCUUACUUAUAUUGAACUGUAAGCCGUGUAUCGUGACCACAGAUUGCUCCUGAUGGUCGGUGUAGCUCGCUGCCAUCAGUGUGUUUACGUGAAAAGGUGAAUGAGCAGCUAAAAUCUUGUAAAACACUUUGGAUAAAAGCAAUAAAAAAUACAAGUUGUUGGACAUAUUACAGAGAUCAUUUACUGGUUAAAUCGCAGUCCGAGGUUUCAGUAUCUGUAGCAGGGAAGUCAUAGUUGUCCAAAAAUGGCUGCCACACUAUAAAAUACUCGAGUGGAUCCCCUGGUUGAGUUCUUUAGCUUCUUAAGCUUUAAAUGUGCCACCACACUUCCAGCCGACCAAUACUUCGUCAGGGCCCGCACCAAAGACUGCUGUUACAGGGUCAGGGCUGAUUUCCUUGUCACAAAUAGAAGAAAAUGUCUCAGAAAUAGACGACCAAAAUUGUAAUAACCAGAACAUAUGAUAAAGGGCGUCUGGAGCUUGAUGGAUCUACGCCUGGAUACAUCCUGGCAAACCUGUAGGGCUGCACAGUUCAUCAGAUAUUAUCAAAAUUGCAAUAUGACCCAGUGCGUUAUUCAAAUCGCAGGUAAAAUGUGUGAAACAGCGUUAGAAUGAAUUACUUCCAUUAGUUCAAAGUGCUGCUGUUACCUUCACACGGAGCCAGGCUAGCUGUUUCCCCCUGUUUCCAGUCUUUAUGCUAAGCUAAGCUAAUCUCCAGCUACCUAUCGACAGACAGGAGAGUGGUAUCGAUCUUCUCAUAUAACUGUCAGCGAGAAAGUAAAUAAGCGCACCUCCCAGAAAUUCAAACUGGUCCUUUAAAGAACCCUAAACGCUGUAUGGUACAAGCAUAAAUACCUUUUUGAAGUUCACUUUAGUUUUCUAUUUCAGGUGUUGGUAGUUUUUCUUUUUUAUCGGUUCAUUAUUGAGAUUUAAAUUAUUGUUAUUCAUUGAAUUUUGAUUCGUGUGCGUACAAAGACGGUUUAUUUUUACGCAGCAUAAAUUCUAAUAAAUUUCAAUUUACUGCUUUAACUGUUAAAUUUUUUCAAAAGAAGCAACACAAUUUCUGUGCCUUGAGAAUCUUGAAUCUAUACAUGUAAGUUGUUUUUAAAUGGAUCAGAGUUGAUUGAUAUUGAUAAUUGAGGGUCAGUAUUUUAGUUUUAUUUCUUAGAUUUUAAAUGUUUUACAAGGGAUUGAUUUCUUUUUUGUAUGAUACACAUUUCCUAACAAGCAUCAAAGAAAUUUUAUACAAACAUUGCCUCAAGAGAUAUAUAUAAUGAUCUUUUUUAUGAACAAGCUGUUGUUGACUGAACAAAAAUAAAGACUUACUGAAAGAACA